AUGAAAUCUCAAAAUGAAUUUAUCGAACUCUUAGCUGAAGAAACACUUAAGAAUAUAGUUGAAGAAGUGUCAACAUCUGAUAUAUUUUCAGUUUUAGCUGAUACUACACCAGACGUUUCACUUAAGGACCAAUUAUCUAUUUGUUUGAGAUACGUCGACCAAGGAGGAUCGACAAAUGAACGAUUACUUGAUUUUGUUGAAGUUACAGAUAAGACUGGAUAUGGAUUGGCUAAAAGUAUAUAUGACACUUUGAUAAAACAUAAACUUAAAACUGGAAAUGUAGCAUUUCAGUCAUAUGAUUAUGCCAAUAGCGUGAGUGGUGUUAACAAAGGAGCUCAACGUUUUUUUUCUGAGUUAGUUGGACAUACAGUUCCAUAUAUUCCAUGUCAAGCACACAGGUUAAAUACUUUUCUAGAACACGGCUGUAAGGCUAGUCAUAUAAUUGGAAAUUUCAUUGACAUUCUUGAAAACAUUUAUGGAUUUUUCUGGGCAAGUACAAAAAGAUCAAGUAAUUUAAUGGAACGUAUGGAAAAAAUCGAGGGAAGUCUGAAGCUCAGAAAUUUAUCCAAAACUCGUUGGACAGCCAGAGCCGAAAGCAUCAAAGCAGUGUGGACAUCUUUAGAAGCAAUUGUUGACACAUUAGAAUAUAUUAACAAUUCAAAUAGUUUUGAUAAUUUAACUAAAACAAAAGCUAUUGUAUAA